AGUCUGCUCACACAUUCAAGUUCUGCUGUGAAAAAUGUAAAAGCAUCGCUCAGACCCACGGCACAAAGCUUGUUACUCCCCAGAGGAUUUCAAACGGAUGUUUCCAAAUGCAGCUGGAAGGAGAAGGCUCAUACGAGUGUUCGGUCACCGGUCUGGCCUUUGAAGCAAGCGAGUCGGUUCUGGUGCGGUAUUCGGUCUUAUCCUGGUCCAAGUUUGGCUCGUUCUUAUCCAACUCCUGGAAAUUUGCUGGACCAAUCUUUGACAUCGACACUGUCAACAAGGAGGCGUCUGUUCUCACAUCCAUCCACCUCCCCCACUCUGUUUGCUUAGCCCAGUCUCCUGACAACGCCGUGCCAUUCAAGAUCCUGUGUGUUGUCGAUGAGGUUUUCAGGGAGGCUUUCAUUGAGCCACCCUCAGGCUACUCAGGUAGCCACGUUAAGUGGAGGGUGAAGUCCCUGUCCCCCGUGUGUCCCAUCAUUCCAGCAGACGAACAGGCUGAAUAUCAUGGCAUUGUUCUGAUCUACAAACAGAUAAACACCAACAACAACAUCUUCCAUGUCUACCUGGUCCUAAAUAACAUUUCUGCCAUUAAAGAUAUACGUGAUCAGGUUCAGAGCUACCCGAAUAAAUACGUCAGGGUGACUAAAUCCUCCUUCUGCAGACUGGUUGAGGGGAUAUUUCGCUUUUCCAGUGAGCCGGAGGGAGUGGUCAGACCUCAGGAGCUGGAAUUUACACUAGCUGUGAUAGCAUUAAAGGGCUUUUUCGAGGUCUUCUAUGACAAGCAACCUCCGUUUGAAUGGUCUGUAAGAAAGAAGAGCACUGAUGAGGUCGUCUGGUCUGCCGUCAUCAGAGCAGACGACUGCCAGGCUGCAUUCAAAGAAAACCCAAGGAAAAGAGCCAAAUAUGAUGAUGACUUGAGAGCAAAGAUCCAUCGGGGUCAGGACCUGUCAGAGAAGCAGCUCAUGAAGGUCGCCAAGAACUUUGGGUCAGAGUGGAAGGAGGCAGCCAUUUACUUAGACUUACUGACCAAAGAUCUGGAUGAGAUCCUGGAGACGGAGCAGGAUGUGACCAUGCAGAAGCAUAGGAUGCUGGUCAGGUGGAAGAACAGCAGGAAACCAGGAGAAGCUACUGCGGCUGCCCUGUUGGAAAGUUUGGAAGAUAUGGAUAAAUUGUCCACUUACGUUCGCGGCAUUCUGCACGAUUUAAUGAAAGCAGACGAUGAACGCAUGGACAAUUAAGAAGAUCCAUAAAAAUGGAUUCAGUUACACCCACUCGAGGACGACGUCAAAGAAACGGAGACGCCUGCUGGAGACUUUGCGGGUCUAAGGGAGCCAACCACUGCCAUGAUUUUAGGGACUGCCAGGUGAUAAAACCAUAUUGGGAAGAGUUCCACAAACAUAUUGAAAAUAUAUUCAAUGUAAACAUUCCAUUCAAAUGUGAAACGUUGUGCUUGGGCUACUUGCAAUUGGUCACAUGGACCAAUAAAGACAAAAAACUGCUGGCUAUAUUACUGGCACCCAGUAAGAAAGCCAUCACAAGGAAAUGGCUAAAACCAGAUCCACCCACCAUCGAUGAAUGGAUUGAAAUUGUUUACCAGAAUUAUGCUAUGGAAAAGAUUUAGUUUUCCCUCCAAGUUGAAAAGGGAGAUUUUUAUAAGAUCUGGACCAAAUGGACUGAGUAUGUAAAGCCAAUUAGAUCUGACUUCAUUUGAUUGUUCUUGUGAAUUGUGUGUCCUGCCCUUUUAUAUUCUUGUGGUUUUUAUUGCUCGAGGCGGUGCAAUCCCCAUUUUUGUUAAAGUUUGUUCAUUUUUCUUAUCGUUCACAACUAAAAUUUGUGAUAGUCUGUAAAAGAAAAUACCAGAAAGGCACCAUGGACAAAAUCACUUGGACUCUCCGCUUCUAUCCUCAUAUACAACCUUAAAGGGGUAAAGCUCUAAUUGACGAAUGUUAUGGAAAUCUGUCUUUCUAAAUAAAAAAAUUUGAAUAAUAAGAAAUGGAUUCAACAAACUGUGGAACAUUUGUCGGCUGCAGCAAGGAUCUCAGGAGUGCAAUGAAGUGUCAUUGACAAGUGGACCAAACUUCACCUCUCUUUUGUUUUUAUUUUCUACUCGCCAAACAACAACUUUUGUGUUUACAUUUAAAAUGUGCCAAAAUCCGUAUCCUGUAACAUGUUCAUGUUGGUUCCAUGUGUGAAGCUGGUGAGGUGUGUGAAAUGGUGUGUGUACCAUAUUAGGUAAAUUCCUGUGGAUUAUUUAGUAAAACGGAUUCAUUUUCUUGAGGUGAAUUAUGCCAUCGUUUGCUCAUCAUGUGAAUGGGACUCAGUGGAAAGAUGAAUGCAGUUUGGUGAAUCUGGGUGCAAAGUGGUUUGUAGAAAUUUGAUCCAAUUACCAUUUAUGUUCACCAUGUUCUUUAUACAUCUUUUUGUCUGUUACAAUUUUUUUUUUUUUACUCGUAGUCAAAUUUUAUACACCUAUUAUCUGCAUGUAAUAGG